UGUCCCUCCAGCACCUUAGUAUCCCAAGAGAGUGCCCUCCUUUUCGAAUUGAGACCCCGAUGUAGGUUUAAGCUGCCUUAAAGGAGAAUUAAGAAUUGUGACUCCAAAGAGCAAAAUAAGAUAGAAGAACGAAAACAGCACUCAAUACCCAGAAAGGGGUAGAAGGUUGUUUGACACAGAUGGACACACAAGAUUAUGAAUAUUGAAGGCAAUGAAGAAUGGGUCAUCUAUCAAAGAAUAACAGCCUCUUAUAAGGUGAAUAGUGUGACCUCAUGACACUUCUGUAAAAGCCAGAUUCAGCUAGGAUGUUACACCAUCACUGUCGGAGAAACCCUGAACUACAGGAAGAGUUGCAGAUUCAGGCUGCAGUUGCUGCUGGCGAUGUUCACACCGUGCGCAAGAUGCUGGAGCAAGGAUAUUCUCCAAAUGGUCGAGACGCCAAUGGCUGGACUUUGCUUCAUUUCUCUGCAGCAAGAGGGAAAGAGAGAUGCGUCCGUGUUUUUCUUGAACAUGGAGCGGAUCCCACAGUUAAGGACUUAAUUGGAGGCUUCACUGCUCUGCAUUACGCAGCCAUGCAUGGCCGAGCGAGGAUUGCGCGCUUGAUGUUGGAAUCUGAAUACAGAAGUGACAUUAUUAAUGCAAAAAGCAACGAUGGUUGGACUCCCCUCCAUGUAGCAGCCCACUAUGGCAGAGACUCAUUUGUCAGGCUCCUGUUGGAGUUCAAGGCUGAGGUUGAUCCGCUCAGUGAUAAAGGUACUACACCGCUUCAGCUGGCCAUUAUCCGAGAGAGGUCAAGCUGUGUGAAAAUCCUUCUGGAUCACAAUGCCAACAUCGACAUUCAAAAUGGUUUCCUGUUACGAUACGCUGUGAUCAAAAGCAAUCACUCUUACUGCCGAAUGUUCCUUCAGAGAGGGGCGGAUACAAACUUGGGUCGCUUGGAAGACGGACAGACACCCUUACACUUGUCUGCUCUUAGAGAUGAUGUGCUUUGUGCACAAAUGUUGUAUAAUUACGGAGCAGACACUAACACAAGGAACUAUGAAGGACAGACCCCACUGGCUGUUUCAAUAAGUAUUUCUGGAAGUAGCCGACCCUGUCUGGAUUUCUUACAAGAAGUGACAAGACAGCCCAGAAACUUGCAAGAUCUAUGCCGAAUUAAAAUCCGUCAGUGUAUAGGCCUUCAAAACCUAAAACUACUUGAUGAACUACCCAUUGCCAAGGUCAUGAAAGACUACUUAAAACACAAAUUUGAUGAUAUCUGAUAUCCAUGAAGAGAAGAACUCUGAGCAAGAUUAGUUAUAUUCCAGAUACUGAAGAGGCUUGUUGCCUUGCACAAAGUAUAUCCUAUGCAAAUUCUGAUUUUUCUGUGAAGUCAGAAGGCAGGUAUACACUUCCUUGGGUUUUUUAUAACACACGCUCGAAGGUCUUAAUUUUGGGUUUCUUGGUCCAGGUUUACAAGGUCCAAGCUUUCUAUACAAUAUCGCAUUUUAAAAAAAUGCUGUUGGUUUUUUGUUUGUUUUCACAUUAGGUGUGCAGACUUGCAGUGGAGAUGGAAGGUAGCCUCUCAAGGGAAGUGGUUGGUUUGAAUUGGCAUGCUGAACAAUUACUCAAGAAAAUAAAGUUUGGAAAUCAAGGCACUAUUCCUGCAAAAGGAUACUGAUAGAAAGACCUUCAGAGCCCUGUUGUCUGUUGGGACUCUCGUCUCUGCCAGGGUGUAUGUUUUUUGCAGGAUAGAGGGAAGAGUUGAUAAUCAACAUGUCCUAGGGUAUUGUGCAAAUAUAAUUUGGAAAUGAAACAAUGCAGUUGCCCUAUUUAAUUUGAGAGUCUACACAUUGACUCCUUUUAUUAUUAUUCUUUUCUUAAUUACUGUAGUCGAGAUGCCCAUAAGAUUCAGGCCCUCUUCUUUCCUGACAUUCCCUGUUAAAUGGGUGGCUGUUUAUAAGUCUAUUUUUAACAGUGCAACAGUACACUACAAAGAGGCAUAGCCUCUCUAUUUUUUACAUUAACUUAAGGGUAAAAAAAUUGAGGUUGUUUUUUUUUUUUAAGCCAAUGUAUUCUGUUUUCUCAUACAGUGCCUCCUGUGCAAUAAUCUUGCUGAUGUAUUUUCCCUUUAUGUGUGAUUCCCUCCCUCGCAACUGUUCCUCACUUGGUCUCAGUGCAUUAUUUGUGAGAACAGCAACUGCUGCCUCGCUGUAGUGGUGUCGUGACAUCACAAAAGUGAUGUGGCAGUUGCUGUUCCUUAUGACUCCCUCGAUUUCAUGAAUGUAUAACCUACUUCUUCAUUUCAGUCAAAAUUUCCUCCAUGGGUUCGCAGCCAAAUCCUAUCCACUUAAAAGAAAUUGGCCAAACCUUUCUGUUUGAAAUGCAAUGAUUGUUUUUUCGAUUGCUCUCAAUUCCAGUUUGUUUCAGGUUAGAGAGUGCUGAGUGCACAGAAAUGCUUAAGAUGCAUUUCUAUAUGUGCACUAACAAAAGCUCUGCUCGUAUUGCAAGUUUACAUUUUGCAAUUAAUCGGAAAGCAGCAAUUGAAAGGAGUACUGAAAUUUGGCUACCGGAUGUGUUUUUCACACCAGGUAUUGAAAAGAUCAUUCUGAUCAUAAAAAAAGAAAUUCUUGCUGUCAAAAAAAGAGAGGGCCAAAAUGUGGGCUUGUUUCACUCUUGUUUUUCAAGGGAUUUUGGAGUCACUGUAAGGUUCUGGCCAGUGUCCUCUACUUUUGUUUUGCCAUCUGAGUGGCUCUGAAAGAGCUUCUCUAAUAUCAGGAGUGCUUUUGUACCAAUUAUACCAAUGGAAGUGGGGAGGUGAAAGGAACAGUGGUGGCUUUUAAUACUCAUCACAAAAUGUUUAGUAUUAAAAAUACAAAAGGCACGGUGAAGCAGGUAUACUCAUGUUAUUCAACUGUGCAAGUUCACUUCAUAUAACACUGGACUGCAGUUCCUUGAGUACAAACCUCAUCACUGCUAAUGGAUCACCGGAACUGUUUAAGAAAGGAGGAUUAUCUCUCCCUAUUGUGCCUGGCAUUGCAUCAGGUUUCCAAACAAUAAGUGAUUUUGGAGAUUCAUGGCUCAGAGGCUUGGUAAUGGGAUGCUGAACCUUUUUAUCUCCAGUUUGUAUUAGUUCAAGUCCAGCCUGCUUUGAGCAGUGACCAAAAGUAGUUCGUGUCUCAGCAGCAUGAGUGAGCAAGUAUGUCCAACCUUAACACCACGCAGUGCGUGUGGUGGUCACCUCUAGGCAGCACAGCUUUAUAGUGGUUCCUCCAGGUUGUAUGCAAUGGUGGUGGCAUUGUAGCAGGGACAACCUGGGAGCGUGGCUGGCACAUGUGUGUCAGCUUGUGUGUGAGCUCCUGUUCAAGCAAGAAAGAUGAGCCAUUAUGAUCUUUAAGCUCUCCAGUCCUCAGACAGGGCGGAUGUUAAGAAUCGACUGGCAGGUUUUAAGCAUGAAUCCUCAGUUUUGUGACAUGAGAUCAGAACCUUGAAAUUGCUUUCAGUUUUUUUAGAAACAUACUUGGUGUUGUUCAUUACAUUUGUAAGUUGGUCUAAACCCGAUGUUCUUCCUCCCCACUGAAUUUUUACAGUAAUAUUUUCUAAGGUUACCUAGAGUAUAUUUUAGUUGCAAUCUAUAUUGAGGCAAAUUAUUUGUUCUGUCUGUUGCUGUGACUGAAGAAAAUCAUGGGAGACAUUGUUGGUAACAAGAAUGCUAUUUAAUGAAGAAA